UAUCUAGCCUCCUUGGUCGGAGCUGCCAAUCUGCUAAUAAAGAAAAGUCCCAAGAUAAAAUAGAACAAUUUUGAGUAUGUCAUGAAUGGAUAAUGGAUAUUUCUGGCACGAUAUCAAUGUUUAAGAACGAAAGAAUACUUUCUCACACUGAUUGGGCUUGACAAGAUAUGAAAACAAAUAUGAAUUUUAUGUAUAAGUGAUCCGCCCCUUUGUCUUGUUGAUGCAAAGUCAAAUGAAAAUUAUAGCCUAGUGGCUCAUAUUUCCGUACCUUUUCAGUCACAUUUGGACUGCCACCUUUUUGACUGCCAAUAUUUUGUCCUAGUUUCCUUCUAACAUGGCUAUGUCUGCCCAAGUAGCCUCUUCUUCAACCACGACUCAAAAUGUGGAAGAUGAUGCUGAUGACUUUGGGCCUCAGGCUAUCAAAAAGCUAGCUACCCAAGGUAUUGGUGCUGCAGAUAUAAAGAAACUUCAAGAAGCAGGGUAUAAUACCAUUGAAUCGAUUGCUUUUGCUCCCAAGAAGGAUCUGAUUGCCAUCAAGGGUAUCAGUGAACAGAAGGCUGAUAAAUUAAUUGCUGAAUCUUCUAAACUUGUCCCCAUGGGAUUUACAACUGCCACUGAAUUUCACCAGAAACGCUCGGAAAUCAUUCAGUUGACAACAGGUUCAGCUGAGCUCGAUCGUCUCCUUGGAGGUGGCAUUGAAACAGGUUCUAUUACUGAGCUGUUUGGCGAGUUCAGAACAGGAAAGACUCAGCUGUGUCAUACUCUAGCUGUCACAUGCCAGCUUCCUAUUGAUCAAAGUGGAGGAGAAGGAAAAUGUCUGUACAUUGAUACUGAGAAUAAUUUCCGUCCAGAGCGACUUGUUGCUGUGGCAGAAAGAUAUAAUUUGUCUCCGACUGAUGUCUUAGAUAAUGUGGCAUUUGCCAGAGCCUAUAAUACAGAUCAUCAGACAAAGUUACUUGUUAUGGCAUCUGCCAUGAUGGCAGAAUCAAGGUAUGCUCUUUUGAUUGUUGAUUCUGCGACUGCUAUGUAUCGAACAGAUUAUUCUGGAAGAGGAGAAUUAGCUGCACGUCAACAACAUCUUGCCAGAUUUUUGCGAAUGUUGCUUCGUCUAGCUGAUGAGUUUGGUGUGGCUGUUGUCAUCACAAAUCAGGUUGUUGCUCAAGUGGAUGGUGCAUCUCUCUUUGCAGCUGAUCCCAAGAAACCUAUUGGUGGUAACAUUAUUGCUCAUGCUUCCACUACCAGAUUAUACCUCAGAAAAGGACGUGGUGAAACCAGAAUAUGUAAGAUUUAUGAUUCUCCAUGCCUUCCUGAAAGUGAGGCAACAUUUGCCAUUAAUGCGGAUGGUAUUGGUGAUGUCAAAGAAUAACCAGUCUGAAAAUCAUCUAUAAAUGUCCUCAAAAAGUUAAUUUAGUUAAAGACUUAAAAGACUAGUAAAGUUUAUUUGUGUUUUCAAAAAAUUAGGCCCUUGUACAGUGUAUAGUUAUCCUGCUGUGAUGUGAAAUAUAUUCGUACUCCGUUUUGUAAAGAA